AUGAACGAACUUUAUUUGGGUACAAAUCAGUCCCGCGAGAAUUUCAGCAAAUGGUGCAAGAAAAGAGGUAUCUUUCUGCAUCCAGACGUCGUUUUUCUCUUUCCAACCAAAACGAUGGGCAUGGGUGUCUUCGCGAAGCGUAAUUUACCGAGCGGAACGGUGGUCGUGAGCUGCCCGAUGAGCUCCUCGAUCUCUCCGUAUUCCGAUCUUUCCCUGGAGGCGCCUAGCAUCCAGGCGUUGCGUGCUUCUGCGGAGAUUCAAAAGGAUCCCGUGCUGUGCGUCGUGCUACGCCUCAUUUCCGAGCUGAGCAGACCGAAAUCCCCGUGGCGGCCUUGGCUGGAGGUCUGCCCACGGAUGACGGAGCAUUUGUUCAGCCUCAACGAGGCUCAAAAGGCGCUGUUGAUGCCCUCGACAAGAUCGCCAUCGAUGAACGUCAGCCCCCCGGGUGAGAAGAACGAGGAUGCGACCUCUUGCCGUUCUUCCUUGCCAUGCGGGCCCCUACCUCCGUGGUCGGGGGUAUCUCAGCAGCUUUUGGAGAUGGAGAUCGACUCCCGUUGGGAAAAGGCGCGUCGUUUCAUGCGCGAUCAUCCCGAUUUCUGGCCUCCCGCCGUUCAGGAGGACUUUGGGUUGUUUUGCGAGUGCGUGGCGCAGGUCGUUUCGCGUAACUUUCACCGUGAGGAGACCGUCGCGCGGGAGGGCCCUUACCUUUUGCCUGGUCUGGAUAUCAUUAAUCACUCGUUUGAGCCGAACUGCGUGUUUAAUAUACGCGGUGGGGGUAGGAAACACGCGAUGGAGUUUGCGGUCCUCACCUCGCGCGCUUUGCAGGCGCGUGAGCAGAUUUUCUGCUCCUACGGCCGCAUUGGUGCGCCGAGGUUCGUCGUGGAGUUUCAAUUCAUCACGGAGGCUGUGAAGCGUGAGGAUAUGGUGCGGUUCUCCGCGGAGACCCUUGUCGGGAUUUCGACAGAGCUCCACUGCCGACCACGCCGGAUCGUGGACGCGGGAGCCUCGGUAAGGGAGCAGGACUGCCGAAAGGAUAUGCGCUAUCGUGUGGAUCGCCUGCAGCGCACUGGUAUCCUUUACGAUGAGGGGUUGUAUCUCCUGCAGCCCGAUUUCCACCCCCCUCGCGCCGCGAUAGCCUCCACGGAGGUAUCGGGCGGCGGUUCCGCCUCGCAGGAGGUCGAGGGCGUCGGGGAGCGGCGCGCGAAGCAUCAGGAGGAGGUCCGGGAGCACUUGCGCAUCCUCCUCUUCGUCGUCUAUUGCCUGCGCUCCGAUCGAGAGGUCUUCGAGAGCACCUACCGCGGCGUGCCUCGCGACUGGGAGCCGCCGAUAACGGAGCAGCUCAAGACGUGGGUGAGGGAGAUGCUUGGGGAGAAGCGGAAGGUGGUAGCUUUUCAGAGCGAGCACCUCAACGAUGUCUUCGGGGAGGACGCUGCUGUAGAUGCCUCUCCUCCUUCUUCUUCUCCCUCUCCCUCUCCCUCUCCCUCACCCACCCCCACCGCCCCGAUAGGCCGACGACACCUCCUCCGUGAGGUUUUGCAAUCCGAACUUAGCAUCUUGGAAAAGUAUGAGUUAAUUAUCCAAAAUUUGCCCUGCAGUCAGCACAAUCAUUAA